UUCCUAUUUUCAAAAGCCAUUCAUAUAAAUUACGUUGCGGAAGGGCAUGUAUUAUUUAGACUAAAAUACGUAUGCUUGUGUGAUAUUUGUGUUGUUAUCAUUUUGAACAAUUCAGGUGAUUUGACAUUCAGUUCAAAGUCAAACACGGAACGCAUCUUGUGUAACCUAAAAUUCGUAAGGGGUGCGGUGCGGAGUGAUUCAGCGUUUUAAAACCCUCCAGUGGCUUCGAAAUAGGACAAAAUGUUACGGAAUUUUAUGAAACAUUUGUCAACGCGAAAUCUACGUUGUUCGCUAAAGAACAACGCUGUAACAUCGAAUUUCGCGAACCAGAGGAGCAUAGCGCCUUUAUCGACGACCGAAUUAGCGUUAAAAGAUGAAAAAGUAAAAGUCACGUUCGUCUUAUACGACGGCAAACGCUUAGAGACUGAAGCUAAAGUCGGCGACACACUACUCGACGUAGUUGUUAACAAUGACUUGAAUAUCGAAGGUUAUGGCGCGUGUGAGGGUACCCUUACAUGCUCUACCUGUCACGUAGUGCUAAAACCGGAUGACUAUAAUAGAUUACCAGAAGAAGCCUGCGACGAGGAACGAGAUAUGUUAGACUUAGCAUACGGUCUGACAGACACCUCGCGGCUCGGCUGUCAGAUCACUCUAACCAAAGACAUGGAUGGUCUAGAAAUUAAAGUACCAGAGACAAUCAAUGAUGCUAGGAGUUGAUAGCGUGUUUAAAACGGUGCUUGUAGUUUGGAAGUUGCGCGACAGUUGCGCAACUGUUGGGCGAUUGUUGGUUGAUAGUUGCUCAGCAGAUGACCUAUGAUAGUUUGAUGAGAGUUGCUCAAGACUUGGUCAUGUGUUGGUUGAUAGUUGCUCUGCAGUUGAGUUACUGUUGCGCCAUAGUUGUAACUAGAAAAUACUUCAAUUGCAAGCACCAAUAUUUUACAUUUGAAAAAAUAACAUAACAGUUUCAAAAUAUUUCAAAGGACAAGUUAAACUGUAGGUCCCGGCUGUCAUUGAACAUCCUUGGCAGUCGUUAUGGGUAGUCAGAAGCCAGUAAGUCUGACACCUGUCUUACCAAGGGGUACUGGG